CCCGCGGUUUCAGCCUCGCCCGGCAAAGCUUCGCCUCGGCUUCCCGGCGGCUGCGGCGGUGGCCGAAGGGACCGCCCGCCGGAGGGGCUCCUGGAGAAGCCGGCUCGAAGGAUGACACUUUCCCUGAGGAACCUCAGGGGGCCACUCGGUUGGUGACGAGUCCCCAUGUCCAUCUGAAGAGGGUUUCUCUGCAAGGGGAACGUUGAGCAUCCAGAACCCACAAGCAGCAAUGCUAGUGAAAGAGUACCGGAUCUGCAUGCCUCUCACCACCGAAGAGUAUCGAGUUGGGCAGCUUUACACCAUCAGUAAGCACAGCCACCAGGAGAGCGACCGAGGGGAAGGAGUGGAAGUGGUGAAAAACGAGCCUCACGAGGACCCUGUCCAUGGCCAGGGCCAGUUCACUGAGAAGAGGGUCCACCUGUCCAGCAAACUGCCUAGCUGGGCUCGCGCAGUAACACCACGGAUCUUCUAUAUUACGGAGAAGGCCUGGAACUAUUACCCAUAUACCAUCACAGAGUACACGUGCUCCUUCCUGCCCAAAUUUUCUAUCUACAUAGAGACCAAGUAUGAAGAUAAUUGUGGAAAUAGCAGCAAUAUCUUUCCCAGUGAAAAAAUCUUGAGAGACCAUGAAGUGAUGUUCUUGGACAUCGCUUUUGAUGAGAUUCCAGAGCGUUACUACAGGAGCCUAGAGGAUCUCCGGUACUUCUGCUCAACCAAGACAGGUCGUGGGCCACUGCAGGAGGGCUGGCGGGAGCAUACGCAACCCAUCAUGUGCUCCUACAAACUGGUGACGGUCAAAUUUGAAGUCUGGGGGCUGCAAACACGGGUAGAACAAUUUGUCCAUAAGGUCAUUCGAGAUAUUUUACUCAUCGGCCAUCGCCAAGCCUUCGCCUGGGUGGACGAGUGGUGUGACAUGUCCCUGGACGAGGUUCGUGCCUUCGAGAGUCAGAUGCACGUGGCCACAAACCAAAACUUCAGCAGUCAGGAGCCCUAACACCCCAAGCUGACAAGUCUUGCUCGGGACUCCCACUUUGUAUGCAUGACCAUGGAUGAGGUCCGCUUAUAUGAGAAGGAGACCCAGGAGGCCACCAAUGAGAUUGUCGGCAUCAUGACGCCUACCAUCUCCAUCAGCGAAGUGUGCCUGCCCCC